GAGAGAGCAUGGUUUUGUGUGAGUGUGUGAGUGUCGGUCGAAGAAGUCUCGGGCUAUGUUUCCGUCUCACGUCCUCGCCUUCGCCGCGAUGACGACGACGAUGCGAGGAGCUCCACUUCCGGAAACCAAUCCAUCAUCCAAUAUUGGCGCCCUUGGCCGAUCGUAGUAGAUAGACUGCCCUCCUUCCCUCCCUCCCCGUCCCAUCACCCCCCCCCCCUUCCUUCCCCACCCUGCCUGCCUGCCUGCUACUGAAUCGGGGCUGAACUCGGCGGGACACGCCAUGGCGGGCCGAGGCCGUGGCCGGGACCUCACCAUGCCGGCCUGGAUGAAAGGGGGUCAAUUGCCAGCAUCUGACAACCCUCCACCUCUAGGGACUCCGGUAGACGACGGUCCUGAAGGCAACCACUCCGUGCGGCCACUGGCUCCAGGUGUUCCCGGGGUGCUUUCUCCAGGGUUGCAAUAUCAGCAGCAUGCACAAGGGCCGCCCUUUAUGGGGUAUCAGCGGCCUCCAUGUCAGCAAAUGAAUCAUUUCCGGCCUUCUGGGGCUCAACCACCACACCAACAAGGUCUUUCAUUUCAGCCAAAUAUUCAAAAUCCUCCCCAACACUUUCCCCGUGGACCGUCGAAUGGUCCAUUUCCUUCUCGACCAAAUCACCAGUUUCCUAAUUUCUCACUCCAGCAAUAUCCUAGCAAUCCCGAUGGUCAGAGUAACCCAGGACAACUUCCUCCCUCUAGACCCCCUUUUAACCAUUCUCAGCAAUUUCCUCAACAAUUUUCAUUUCACCAUCGCCCUGCUGGCAAUCAUGCUGAUCCUUCCUUCCAGGGGCCACCAAUCAGCGGUGUAGGGCCUCCGCCCUCUCACGGUGGUCCUAAUCCACCACAUUCUGGGCUACCUCCCUCGGUUUUCCCCCUAUCUCAAGGUCAGCAACAUGAAAGGCAGUUUCAGCCGCAGGCUCAGCCAUAUAUCUCUCCUUCACGAAGUGACUCUGCUGCUCGUGGGUUGUCAGUAGAUAGCAUUAGCGGGCCACUGAAUGGUAGUGCUCCAUUAAGUAAGCCAAAUCAGCCCCGUUCAGAUUUGAGUGGAUUGCCUGAUUCUCAGCCGUCACAAUUGCCUCAUCAUGGACAGCAGCCGGCGCAUCCUCGAGAUGCAUUUCCCCAAGUGAUGCAAGGUGGUACUGGAGGAGGUGGUCCAUCCCCUCAGUGGGCUUCGCAAGGGCAACCUCCACCGCAGAUCCAGAUGCCCCAUGUACAAUCUCAGCGACCUUGGCCUCCUCAGCCUUUCACUUUACCGUCGCAGGGGCCUUCCCAACAAAGUUACCCGCAAGGUCUGCUAGGUCCACAGGUUCCUCAGCAGCAAACGCAACGCAAACGACAGACUGGAUUUCACGAUGCUCCAAUCUCACAUCUGCAGGGCGAAUUAAACUCUGAUCAAUUUGGGGAGAAUUCCGCAGCGCAAGAGAAAACUAAGGAUCAGCAGCUUCCCAGAAAACGAAAAUCGCGAUGGGACCCUGCUCCUGAAGAUAAAGACAGCCCUGGUGUCGAACAUGAAGAAAGGACAGCAGGUGGAUGGCCACGAGGACCUCCUCAGGAUCAGUGCAAGCCGGGACCGAGUCCAGGGUAUGCACAAAACGGGCAUGCAUUUUUCGAUAACAGAGAUGUUGCCAGGUUUAGGAUGGAAGCUGCAGUGCAGGAGGCAGUGCUGAGAGAACAGGAAGCUAGUGCUCAUGAUGUCAUUGCCCAACAUAGAAGAGAUAAUAGGGCUUUCGACACCCUGGACACAAGUGAACGGGAUGUUCUGUCAGCCCGCCAUGACGAGGGUACACUUAAGGAGAAGCUUCUGAAGAUGACCUCUGAGCACCGUUUGGAGAUGGCUUCCAAGCGUGGAAGGCCUACCCAACUAGAGCAAGAAAACAUGGAGAUUGGUAAUGGUUAUGGCGUACCAGGAGGAGGCGCCUAUUACAACAGUGCACGUCCACCAAUGUUCACAUCAGCUGCCGUUCCGAAUGUUUACAAGCCAGAUUUUAAUGGGCCUACUUUCGAUAGAAGUCAUUCUGGACAUUUCGAAGGCUCUCGAGGCGUUUCUGAUGGGAGUGAGCGCUUUAAUUCAGUAGGCGUGAAAAUGUCAGCUCGUGGAGUUAUCGAUGUUCAAGCUGGGGCACUUGGAAGAGACGUUGAUCAGCGUGUGGUCACGGAUUUGGAUGGAAUUGGAAAAAAAGGAGAUUUGCCUGAUUUUCUUAAAGAAAAGUUGCAAGCACGUGGCAUUCUUAAGGAUGGACCCAACAAUAUUAUUCAAAAUGUGAACACUUCUGAGACUGAAUCGACAGAUAUGCUGCCUCCAGGCUGGGUGGAAGGAAAGGAUCCAGAGAGCGGAGUUACGUACUAUUAUAAUCAGACGACAGGGAAGAGUCAAUGGGAACGUCCGGCUCCCAAAGCACUGCUUCUCCCGCCACCUCCUCCACCUUCCCUGUCACUACUGCCUGCAGAUUGGCAGGAGGCUACCGAUUCCGCAUCAGGUCAGAAGUAUUAUUACAACAUAAAGACAAACGAAACCCGGUGGGAGAGGCCCACCGGAGCUGCUGCAGACGAUAACUCUGAAAAUCAUGCUUCGACUGGCAACGGCGAUGUGUCUUCAGCUGCCAUCAACGGGUCAAAAUUCAAGAAGUGUUUAGGUUGUCAAGGUUGGGGCCGGGGACUCGUUCAGGCCUGGAACUACUGUAAUCAUUGUACCAGAGUUCUCAACAUUGCGGUGCCUCCGCAACAUGCUUCACUUGGUGCAAAACGCUCUGCAGCAGCUGCAGCUGCUAAUAGUGCAGCUGACGGAGUUGAGCCUGCAGAGGAGCAUGAACCUGAAUUUAAGCACAAGUGGCAGGCUGACAUUGCAGCAGCAGUGAGAGUCGAAGUUAUAAAGAAGGAUCCCAAACAAAAGCUGGGCUUGAAGUCACCCAUAACAAAGGUGAACAGAAGGGACCCAAGGAAAAGAGGUCCUGUAGAUAGUGAUGUUCUUGACCCUAUGGACCCAAGUUCUUACUCAGAUGCACCUCGUGGUGGUUGGGGAGUCGGACUAAAAGGUCAGCAGCCUAAAGCAGCUGACACCACCGCUACAGGGCCUCUGUUUCAACAACGACCAUAUCCAUCACCUGGUGCAGUUUUACGAAGAAAUGCUGAACUGGCCGGACAGCAAGGCAAACCAGCGGGUCCCAAUUUUGCACCUAUACAUAAAAGAGGAGAUGGGAGCGAUGGCUUGGGUGAUGCUGAUUAAUCAUGGGCACUAGAUUACUCUCUUACUUGAGCUUUUAAAGUCCGGUUACUUUUAUUGCCCCUCUUCCCAUGGGGUCUGCAUCUUUUCACCGUGCAUACCUCUCCUUUUUAUGGUGUUUGAAGUGGUGAAAAUGUAGCACCAUGUAAAAUUUAGUGUACGGAAGGUUUAGUGAUAACUACGUAGAAUAUUCACUGUGAAGUUCGGUUGGGAUUGCGGUGUAGGUAUCCGUCUAUAUUAUAAGUGAAAACAAGAGGACGCGAAGUUCCGUUAGAUUGUAAUGCGUGCAUCUAACUUCUGUUUAGUGUGAGCUGCUAAAAUGUUCCGAUUGAUCAUCACUUUUCAGUCAACUUUCGGAAAGUUGAACCCUGAAAUGUGCAUCUAGUUUCUUUUUCAUUGUUGUCAA